CUUGGAUUCUGAGAAGGAGAGAGCUGGAGCCUGGGGGCUGAGUUCCAAGUGUGCGCACCUCCGUGGCCCCGGAGGGGCAGGGGCUAGAACGGGGCUUCAGCGCCUCGGACAUAGAGGGUAAAGGCAUCUCCAGAUUCCCCGAGGGGUGAAGGACCCCAGCUAGCCGGCUCUUUGGUCUUUCUGUCCGCUCCUCACUGCCCUUGCGGAUAAUCACCCGCGCACGCGCACAGCUUCAUGAGCGUGCACCUAGGCGAGCACAAUCUGCGCAAGCGCGAUGGCCCGGAAGUGCUGCAGACUGUGGCUCGCCUCGUCCCACACCCGUGCCACGAAGCGCGCAGCCACCGCCACGACGUCAUGUUGCCACCUAACCCGCAAGUGCGUCCCGUGGCGCUGCCCACGCGUUGUCCCCAACCAGGCGAGGCCUGCGUGGUGUCCGGCUGGGGCCUGGUGGCUGAUGACAAGCCUGGGACCAAAGGGAGCGCAAGGUCACGAGUGAGUCUCCCAGAUAUGCUGCAUUGUGCCAACAUCAGUGUUAUCCCGGCCACAUCUUGUAGCAAGGACUACCUAGGGCGCCUUAUGAGCAACGUGUAUGCAGGAGUAGAAGGCAGAGGCACGGACUCCUGUGAGGUCAGAGCCAUGGGGAGGGGAACAGGCUUGGGUGUUGGGAUGGGGUCGGGUUGUGCUUGCUUUGGGCCAGAGAAGAUGCUAGGGAUAGAUGUGGGGGUGGAGAAGGAAGAGCAGUUAGAACGGGGGUGGAGUUGGAGAUGGGGUUGGAGAUGCGGGUAGGGGUGCGUUGUAUUUGGGGCGGAUGGUGUGGUGGUUGGUGUGGAAUGGCCUGGCUGUGAUUUGAGAAUAGGAAUGGGCUUGGUUUGAUUUUAGAAGGAAAAUACAUUGGGUUGAAAUGCGGAUGGGGUAAGUUUUGUCUGGGAUGUGAAAGCCGUAACAGCUGGGGUUGGCUGUGUUGGCAGUAAGGAUAGACAUAGGCCUGGUUUGAUUUUGAAUGGGGACGACGUGGGGGUUGGGUUGGGUUGGCGCUACACGGCGGGGAUUGAACAUGGAUUGGCUGAGUUGUAUUGACUUGUGUUAGGUUGGGGUUGAAUUGGAUUCGAUUGGGUUAAACUGGGUUGUAUUGAGUUGAGUUGGAGAGGGAUUGCAUGGGGUGGGGUCGGAUUGGGUUUUGACUCAGAUCGUGCCCGGUGAUUAGGCUAAGGAUGGGCGCACUGGAUCCAGAAGUUUCCCACUCAAACUUUCUCUUCCCCACACAGGGUGACUCCGGGGGACCCCACACAGGGUGGCUGGUCUGUGGGGGAGUCCUGCAGGGAAUCGUGUCCUGGGGUGACGUCCCCUGUGACACUACGAACAAGCCUGGUGUUUAUACCAAAGUCUGCAGCUACUUGGGGUGGAUCAGGGACACCAUGAAGAGGAACUGACUGUUUUGGUCUACCACCUGUGUCUCUGGCUGAGCAGAAACUCCUGUAGCUGGCCAGCCACCCCCUCCUGACCUGGGACAGAACUGAGCCAUCCCUUAACACCCCAUCUGUCCAAGACGCACAUGUUGGCCAAGGAUUUGUCCCAUGUCAAGCCAGAGCUGGUGCUCAAGGUCACCUGUUUAAACACUGAGAUAACAGUGCUGAUGCAAGUUUCUCUGUAGGAGUUGCUGUGACUUUCUUCUGGGGAUGAAGAGAAGUGGGAGCCAGAGACUGGGUGGGGAACCCAAGGCCACUGUGCGUUGCUCCAUUUCACUCGCUGCCCCGAUGCCUAGGUGAAAAGAAAUAGCUUGAAGCAGGGCUCUUCAUUCACAUACACACAGGAUUAGCUGUGCAGUCUUGAGGGAAAGACUCGAUGCCACUCAGCUUCGGUUCCCCCAGGUGUGAAACAGAGAUCUUCAUGUUGCUUACCUCACAGCGUUGUAAGGAUUAAAUGAGGAAGGUUAUACGAACUCAUUCCAAUAGUGCCUGGCACAGGGCAAAUAUAUCUCUGGACCCCAGCGGAAAAGACCCCCAGCACACGCUAGAUGAUCAAGAAUGACUUCAUUUUCUUCGAGAUUCAGUCGUGGGCCUCCUGGCAGCCAGGCAAAAAGGCAAAUGCUCUCCUUUUCCUGAGGCAGUCUCCCGACAUGCAGCGGAGGCUGGGCUACCCUGUGGCCUACUUUGAUUUUGCUGAAGAGCUCAGAGAAUGUGCCAGAAGCCCAUGAGUUCACCGUUGAGGUUGCAGAAAUCUCGUUCCUGAUUCUCAACGGAGAUUCCUCCCAAAAUGUGGUCUUCAAGGUCACUGAAUGUUGAACCACAUGAACCUGGCUCCUGAGAUCUAAAUGUCCUACCGGGGGAAGGGGAAUUGCAGUUUGUAGAGAGGCCUCUCUUGACCUUGGGAGGCGGAUAAUCUGGAAUUCCUGGGACUUUAAAGGACCUAAACGUGAGCGUCCAGACUUGGACGCUCAAGGAGUAGUGGUGGGGUGUGAUGAGAUCCCAAUGUUGUUCUGGGAGUGGGGGCGGGGGGGACAUUGGAUUUUGGAGUGCUUAGGGGACUUAUUUAGGGAGACCACUGACACCUCGUUUCUGGAUCUGGGGGCACUAGGCUGGUGGUGGUAGGUACCCUGAGAUUUUAUUCGGAGAGAAACAAUAAAUGGAUUUGGACCUAGAUCCUGAGUCUGGGAGUGCAAGAAUCGGGGUGUUCUGAAAGCCUUACAUUUCGGAGGCGGCUGAAGCCGGGAAACCGGCGUGUUGGCUCCAAGUGGUGCGGGAGAAGGGAAUCGGAGCCCCUCAGCUGGUGUCUGAGGAUACCCUGGGUCUUCAGGUGUGUGACCUUCCUUGGGGUUCAGGUAUAUAUCGGACUUUGUACUGGAGGUCAUUGAUUCCUCCGUGCUCCUGUUUCUUCUCACCCCCCCCCCCAACUCCCCUCACCGGCUCUGUCUCCAAGAGCAGGGGCCCGGGAGCUCCAGGCCCUGCCCUGUCUGGCCUCAGGCCCCAGGAAUGCUUCCAGCACAAUCAGGGCCCGCAGAACAACAGGUGCUUGCUCUCCCGCCCCUUCCACAGCUCUGGGGUGGGAGGAGGUGUCCAGCCCCCAGGAGGCA